CCUCCUACCAGGCCAUCCCUACUUCACUAUGGCCGUCGGUCCUGUCGCUGUCGCCAAUAUAGGCGCCAAUGCCCCCAAGAAUAAGUUCGCCGGUAUUAUCAUGACAUCAUUCGCCGCUUUCGGUGGUAUUCUUUACGGUUACGACACUGGUACCAUCAGUGGUAUCAUUGCCAUGAACGACUGGCUAUGCACUUUCGGCGAUGUCGCUGGGGACUCUUGCACCAUCACCUCAAGCACAAAGUCUUUGGUCGUCUCUAUUCUCUCCGCUGGUACUUUCUUCGGUGCCCUUGCCAGUGCUCCCGUUGGAGACUACCUUGGUCGUAAAUGGGGUCUUAUCUUCUCCUGCCUUAUCUUCUCCGUCGGCGUCGCCAUGCAGACGGCAGCCACCGCUCUCCCCCUCUUCGUCGUCGGUCGUGUCUUCGCUGGUCUCGGUGUCGGUCUCAUCUCUACCCUCGUCCCCAUGUACCAAUCCGAGUGCUCGCCAAAGUGGAUUCGUGGUGCCGUCGUCGCCGCCUACCAAUGGGCUAUCACCAUCGGCCUUCUCCUCGCCUCCGUCGUCAACAAUGCCACUCAGAACAGGCCCGACCACAGCUCAUACCGUAUCCCCAUCGGUAUUCAGUUCAUCUGGGCUGCAGUCCUUUCCGUCGGAAUGCUCUUCCUCCCCGAGUCUCCUCGUUGGUUGGUCAAGCGCGGCCGCGACGCCGAUGCUGCUCAUGCCCUUUCUCGCCUCACUGGUCUCUCCGAGACCGAUCCCGAACUCGAAGUCGAGCUCAACGACGUCCGUGCCAACCUUGAAGCCGAGAAGGCGCUCGGCGAGAGUAGCUACCUCGACUGUUUCCGCUCUGGUCACAACCAAAUCCGGUUCCGUACCCUCACCGGUAUCUUCAUCCAGGCCUGGCAACAACUCACCGGUAUCAACUUCAUCUUCUACUACGGUACUACGUUCUUCCAGAACUCCGGCAUCAAGAACUCCUUCCUCAUUUCGGUUGCGACUAACAUCGUCAAUGUGUUCAUGACCCUCCCCGGAAUGUGGGGUAUCGAGCGCUUUGGUCGUCGUCGUCUCUUGCUCGUCGGUGCCGUUGGCAUGUGUAUUUGCGAAUACCUUGUCGCCAUCAUCGGUGUCACCAUCUCCAUUGACAACAAGUCUGGUCAGCAAGCCCUCAUCGCCCUCGUCUGUAUCUACAUCGCUUUCUUCGCCUCGACUUGGGGCCCGAUCGCAUACGUCGUCACCGGUGAAAUCUUCCCUCUCAAUGUCCGUGCCAAGGCCAUGUCCAUGUCGGUUGCCUCUAACUGGUUGUGGAACUUCGGUAUUGGAUACGCCACCCCCUACAUGGUUGACUCCGGUCCCGGAAACGCCGACCUCCAGUCCAAGGUGUUCUUCGUCUGGGGCUCAACCUGCUUCUGUUGUAUCAUCUUCGCAUUCUUCUGCGUUCCUGAGACCAAGGGUCUCUCGUUGGAGCAGAUCGAUAUCCUCUACCAGAACACAACUCCCAUCCAGUCUGUCGCCUACCGCCGCCGCCUCUUGGUCGAGAACGUUCACGCGAGCGAUCCCGAGUCCUUCAAGGUCGGCGAGCGUGGCAACCACGAGCACGUCGAGCACGAUCAGGCCAGCGUCAGCGAGAAGGUCUAA